CCCGGCCGUGACUAGACUCGCAGGGCCGCCGCCGGCCCGCACCACCAGCCGCCAAGAUGUGCGACUGCUUCCACGUGGUGCUGCCCACCUGGCCCGGAGCCCCCGGCAGUGCGUCCGGUCAACAGCUGCAGCAGCAGGACCCAGAGGCUGAGACUGAAGAGGACCAUUCUGUGACCGAAGGGCCUGUGGGUGAGAUCAUUCGGCCAAGGCCGCAGGGGUCCUCACCUGUUUAUGAAUACACAGUUGAAGGUGCUGGCUUCGGAGCCCAGGAAAGCAACCAGGGCAGGCUCAGCUCCUCUGGCAGACGGAGAUCCUGGUGGAAAAGGGAUUCAGGGGAAUCCACAGCUUUCUCCAGCAUGAGUCACCCAGAGACUAUGCAGGAGGCGACAGAAGUGACCCUGAACACUGAGGUAGAGGCCGGAGCCAGUGGCUACACUGUCACAGGUGGAGGGGACCAGGGGAUCUUUGUCAAACAAGUGCUAAAGGAUUCCUCUGCUGCAAAACUAUUCAGCCUGAGAGAAGGGGAUCAACUUCUCAGUGCAACCAUAUUCUUUGACCACAUGAAAUAUGAAGAUGCUCUUAAAAUCCUUCAGUACUCAGAACCAUACAAAGUGCAGUUCAGAAUCAAACGGAAGCUCUCUACCAGCAAGGGAGAGGAGUCAGCCAUUCCACAUUCUCAGCAAGGCUUGAAAAGCCAGGAAAAGCAGGACAAGCACACUGCUGAUGGAUACAUGGAGACCCCGAUAAAGACACUAGAGGUAGAUGGAGACCGAGAAAGGCUAAUAUCUAAGUCCAGGGAUGGUCGCCAGAGGCGACCCCAGGACAGACUCUCCUGGCCGAAAUUUCAAGCCUUAGGGAGCAAGCGGGGAUCAGGUCCCCGACGCUCACACAGUUCCUCAGAAGCCUCAGAGCAAAGGGACACACAUGAAAUGUCCCCGACAAGCACAGACACAGAGGCCCAGCUGACAGCUGACAGCCAGGAGCAGAAGUCAGGGACAAGAAGACGAAGAAGGAGGUUCCUGAACCUGAGAUUUGGGAUGCGCUCAGGGCAGGGGGCAAAUAUAACUGAGCAGACAGGCAGAGAGCCCCAGGACAGGAGCGGUCAUGCUGGACUGCUGGAAGAGUCCCAGUUACAGGAGGACGAGACACAGGCAUCUGGGUUCACGUCUGCUCUAACUACGCAGACGCCCACGAAGCCCAGUUAUUCCAACUUGGAAAAAGAAGGCCCUGGAGAAAUGGUGGUAAAAACGGACAGACAUCAAAGGAAGAAAAAGCAGCUGGCAAAACAAGACAAGGAGAAGACACUUAGCCAGCAUGGAGCGGAGCCAGCCCCAGGAAGCAGCUGGGAUGACGAAUGGGAGAUAGUAGAAAGUCUGGAAAUUGGCAUUGCAAGAUUGUCCCUGCAAGACAAACCUGACCAAGGCAACACACAGGUUGCACUGUGUGACUCAAAAACUCCAGAAACUGGGUUUUCGAAAAAAAAGACGAAAAAAGGAACUAAAGAAGGUGGAGUAGGGGAGAAGGAAGGGAGAGAAACAGGAGACAGGGGCAGAAAAGAGAGGCAAAUGCCAGCAGAGUCACAAGGAAGAACAGGACAUGCUACAGAAAAAGGAGAAAAGGAUGGAACAGCAGGCUGGGAGAGUGAACAGGAGAAGAACGGCACAGAACAGGUCACACAGACAGGACAAAUAAAGGUGAAGAUGCCGAAGUUCAGGAUACCGUCCUUUGGAUGGUCUCCAACGAAGGAGGCAGUAACAGAGAAGAGGGGGAGAAAAGAAGCGAGCACAGAGAACAAUGAGACACUGGACGAGGAAAAACGGAAAGAGGGACCAGAGAAAAAGGAAAGGGAAGGCAAGGAAGAUAGACACACAUCAGAGAAAACAGAGACCAGAAAGGCAGCACAGGCAAUGCACAUAGAAGCAGACAUUACAGACAAUGGCGGGGAAUACUCAGAAAAAGAAAUAAGCUUCAAGAUGACAAAACUCAAGGAGCCAUCCUUUCGUGAGUCUCUACCAGGCAAACCUGGCACACAGGCUUCGAUGGUGGUGCAAACACCCAAGCUGGAGACAGGAGUGUCCCUACCCUCCAUGCAAGGGGAACUUAAGAAACUAGACCUCGACAUUAAACUGCCAUCCACGAACCUGGAGGUCAAGGCAGGCCAGGUAGAUGUGAAAAUGACAGACGUCCAGCUGCCCGAGAGACAGCAGACCACUCAGGAUGCUGACGGAGCCAGCCGGAUGGGCCACAUGCCCAAGGUGCACAUGCCUAGCUCGAGGAUGCCAAAGGUGGACCUUAAGGACCACACAGUAGACGUGAAAGGCCCCACAGUGGACGCAAAAGGCCACAAAGUGGACGUGAAAAGCCCCAAAGCUGAAAUUAGUGGGCCUGACAUGGAGGUUUCUCUGCCUGUUGUGAAGGCAGACAUAAAGGACCAACGUGCCAAGAUACAGGAGGACCUGCCCCACGCUGAAAAGGAUGUGGCCGCCAAAGAAAGCAAGUUCAAGAUGCCCAAGUUCAAGAUGCCCUCCUUCGCCGUGUCCACAACUAGCAAACCCAGCAUGGAAGCAACUAUGGAGGUGGCAGCUCCAAAUAUGGAAGAAGAGGUGUCCCUGCCCUCCAUGCAGGGUGAACUUAAGACUCCAGAUCUCAGCAUUCAUCUGCCAUUGUCCAACCUGGACGUCAAGACAGGCCAGGGAGAUGUGAAGGUGGCAGACAUCCAACUACCUGAGGGAGAACAGAUCGCACAAGAUGCUGAUGGAGCCAGCCGGAAAGGCCACCUGGCCAAGGUUCAGAUGCCCAGCUUCAAGAUGCCCAAGGUGGACCUGAAGCACCCCACAGUGGAUGUGAAGGGCCCCGCAGUGGACACAAAGGGCCCCAGAGUGGACGCGAAAAGCCCCAAAGCUGAGAUUAGUGGCCCUGACAUGGAGGUUUCUCUGCCUGGCGUGAAGGUAGACAUCCAGGAACAAGGUGCCAAAUUACAGGAAGAUCUGCCCCAUGCUGAAGAGGAUGUGGCCACCAAAGACAGCAAGUUCAAGAUGCCCAGCUUCAAGAUGCCCAAGGUGGACCUGAAGGGACUCCAUGUGGACCUAAAGGGCCCCAAAGUGGAGGAGAAGAGUCUCACAGUGGACACAAAGGGCCACACGGUGGAUGUGAAAAGCCCCAAAAGCGAUGUGAAGAUGCAGGAUUUAGAGGUUUCCCUGCCCAGCAUGGAGGUUCAUGUCCAGGCUCCAGGUGUUAAAGUGGAUGGGGACCAGGCCGUGGUCGAUAAGGACAUGGCCAUCAAAGACAGCAAGUUCAAGAUGCCCAGUUUCAAGAUGCCGAAGGUGGACCGGAAGGGCCCCACAGUGGAUCUGAAGGGCCCCACAGUGGAAGCAAAGGGCCCCACAGUGGACAUGAAGGGCCACACAGUGGACGUGAAGGGCCCCACAGUGGACAUGAAGGGCCACACAGUGGACGUGAAGGGCCCCACAGUAGACACAAAGGGCCCCAAAGUGGACGUGAAAAGCCUCAAGGCUGAAAUUAGUGGCCCUGACAUGGAGGUUUCUCUGCCUGGCGUGAAGGUUGACAUACAGUCCAAAGGUGCCAAGCUACAGAAGGAUCUGCCCCAUGCUGAAAAGGAUGUGGCCAUGGAAGACAGCAAGUUCAAGAUGCCCAGCUUCAAGAUGCACAAGGUGGACCUUAAGGGAACCCAUGUGGACCUGAAGGAACACAAAUUGGAGCAGAAGGGGCCCACAGUGGACACCAAGGGACCCACAGUGGAUGAGAAAAGCCCCAAAAGCAAUGUGAAGAUGCAGGAUUUAGAGGUGUCCCUGCCCAGCAUGGAGGUUCAUGUCCAGGCUCCAGGUGUCAAAGUGGAUGGGGACCAGGCCGUGGUCGAUAAGGACAUGGCCGUCAAAGACAGCAUGUUCAAGAUGCCCAAGUUCAAGAUGCCCUCUUUUGGCUUUUCCACAACUGGGAAACCCAGCAUGGAAGCCAGUAUGGAGGUGGCAGCUCCCAAGAUGGAAGCAGAGGUGUCCCUGCCCUCCAUGCAGGGUGAACUUAAGACUCCAGACCUCAGCAUUCAUCUGCCUUCCUCCAACCUGGACGUCAGGACAGGCCAGGGAGAUGUGAAGAUGGCAGACGUCCAGCUGCCUGAGGGAGAGAAGACCACACAGGAUGCUGACGGAGCCAGUCAGAAGGGCCACCUGCCCAAGGUUCAGAUGCCAAGCUUCAAGAUGCCCAAGGUGGACUUGAAGGGCCCCACAGUGGAUGUGAAGGGCCCCACAGUGGACGUAAAGGGCCCCACAGUGGAUGUGAAGGGCCGCACAGUGGACUUGAAGGCCCCCACAGUGGACGCCAAGGGCCCCAAAGUGGACGUGAAACGCCCCAAGGCUGAGAUUAGUGGCCCUGAAAUGGAGGUUUCUCUUCCUGGCGUGAAGAUUCACAAACAGUCCCAAGGUCCCAAGGUACAGGAGAUUCUGCCCCAUGCUGAAAAAGAUGUGGCAACCAAAGAAAGCAAGUUCAAGAUGCCCAGCUUCAAGAUGCCCAAGGUGGACCUGAAGGGACCCCAUGUGGACCUGAAGGACCCAAAAGAAGAACAGAAGGGUCCAACAGUGGAUGCAAAGGGCCCCACGGUAGAUGUGAAACGCCCCAAAAGUGAUGGGAAGAUGCAGGAUUUAGAAGUGUCCCUGCCCAGCAUGGAGGUUCAUGUCCAGGCUCCAGGUAUCGAAGUGGAUUGGGACCAGGCCGUGGUCGAUAAGGACAUGGCCGUCAAAGACAGCAAGUUCAAGAUGCCCAGCUUCAAGAUGCCCAAGGUGGACCUUAAGGGACCCCAUGUGGACCUGAAGGAACACAAAGUAGAGCAGAAGUGCUCAACAGUGGAAGCAAAGGGCCCCACGGUGGAUGUGAAAAGCCCCAAAAGCGAUGUGAAGAUGCAGGAUUUAGAAGUGUCCCUGCCCAGUAUGGAGGUUGAUGUCCAGGCUCCAGGUGUCAAAGUGGGUGGAGAUCAGGCCGUGGUCGGUAAGGACAUGGCCAUCAAAGACAGCAAGUUCAAGAUGCCCAAGUUCAAGAUGCCCUCUUUUGGCCUUUCCACAACUGGCAAACCCAGCAUGGAAGCCACUAUGGAGAUGGCAUCUCCCAAGAAGGAACCAGAGGUGUCCCUGCCCUCCAUGCAGGGUGAACUUAAGACUCCAGACCUUGGGAUUCAACUGCCUUCCACUAACCUGGAGGUCAAAGCUGGCCAGGUAGAUGUGCAGAUAGCAGAUGUCCAAAUGCCUGAAGGAGAGAAGACCGCACAGGAUGCUGACAGAGUCAGUCUGAAGGGCCACCUGCCCAAGGUUCAGAUGCCAAGCUUCAAGAUACCCAAGGUGGACGUGAAGGGCCCCACAGUGGACCUGGUGGCCCCCACAGUAGACGCAAAGGGUCCAACGGUGGACGUUAAAAGCCCCAAAGCUGAGAUUAGUGGCAAUGACAUGGAGGUUUCUCUGCCUGUCAUGAAGGUUGACAUUCAGUCCCAAAGUGCCAAGCCACAGAAGAAACUGCCCCAUGCUGAAAAGGAUGUGGCAACCAAAGAAAGCAAGUUCAAGAUGCCCAGCUUCAAGACACCAAAGGUGGACCUGAAGGGACCCCAUGUGGACCUCACGGACCUGAAAGUGGACCAGAAGGGCCCAACAGUAGAUGCAAAGGGCCCCAAAAGUGAUGUGAACAUGCAGGAUUUAGAAGUGUCCCUACCCAGCAUGGAGGUUCAUGUCCAGGCUCCAGGUGUCAAAGUGGAUGGGGACCAGGCCGUUGUCGAUAAGGACAUGGCCAUCAAAGACAGCAAGUUCAAGAUGCCCAAGUUCAAGAUGCCCUCUUUUGGCCUUUCCACAACUGGGAAACCUAGCAUAGAAGCCACUAUGGAGGUGGCAGCUCCCAAGAUGGAAGCAGAGGUGUCCCUGCCCUCCAUGCAGGGUGAACUUAAGACUCCAGACAUCAGCAUCCAACUGCCUUCCUCUAACUUGGAGGUCAAAGCUAGUCAGGUAGAUGUACAGAUAGCUGACGUCCAAAUGCCAGAUGGAGAACAGAUCGCACAGGAUGCUGACGGAGUCAGCCUGAAGGGCCACCUGCCCAAGGUUCAGAUGCCCAGCUUCAAGAUGCCCAAGGAGGACGUGAAGGGCCCCACAGUGGUCGUGAAGGGCCCCAUAGUGGACGUAAAGGGCCCCACAGUGGUCGCAAAGAGCCCCAAAGUGGACAUGAAAAGCCCCGAAGCUGAGAUUAGUGGUCCUGACAUGGAGGUUUCUCUGCCUGGCAUAAAGGUUGACAUUCAGUCCCAAAGUGCCAAGCUACAGAAGGAUCUGCCCCACGCUGAAAAGGAUGUGGCCACCAAAGACAGCAAGUUCAAGAUGCCCAGCUUCAAGAUGCCCAAGGUGGACCUUAAGGGACCCCAUGUUGACCUGACGGACCCGAAAGUGGACCAGAAGGGCCCAACAGUAGAUGCAAAGGGCCCCACGGUGGAUGUGAAAAGCCCCAAAAGCGAUGUGAACAUGCAGGAUUUAGAGGUUUCCCUGCCCAGCAUGGAGGUUCAUGUCCAGGCUCCAGGAGUCAAAGUGGAUGGGGACCAGGCCGUGGUCGAUAAGGACAUGGCCAUCAAAGACAUCAAGUUCAAGAUGCCCAAGUUCAAGAUGCCCUCUUUUGGCCUUUCCACAACUGGGAAACCUAGCAUGGAAGCCACUAUGGAGGUGGCAGCUCCCAAGAUGGAAGCAGAGGUGUCCCUGCCCUCUAUGCAGGGUGAACUUAAGACUCCAGACAUCAGCAUCCAACUGCCUUCCUCUAACUUGGAGGUCAAAGCUAGUCAGGUAGAUGUACAGAUAGCUGACGUCCAAAUGCCUGAUGGAGAACAGAUCGCACAGGAUGCUGACGGAGUCAGCCUGAAGGGCCACCUGCCCAAGGUUCAGAUGCCCAGCUUCAAGAUGCCCAAAGUGGACGUGAAGGGCCCCACAGUGGUCGUGAAGGGCCCCACAGUGGACGUAAAGGGCCCCACAGUGGUCGCAAAGAGCCCCAAAGUGGACGUGAAAAGCCCCGAAGCUGAGAUUAGUGGUCCUGACAUGGAGGUUUCUCUGCCUGGCAUAAAGGUUGACAUUCAGUCCCAAAGUGCCAAGCUACAGAAGGAUCUGCCCCACGCUGAAAAGGAUGUGGCCACCAAAGACAGCAAGUUCAAGAUGCCCAGCUUCAAGAUGCCCAAGGUGGACCUUAAGGGACCCCAUGUUGACCUGACGGACCCGAAAGUGGACCAGAAGGGCCCAACAGUAGAUGCAAAGGGCCCCACGGUGGAUGUGAAAAGCCCCAAAAGCGAUAUGAACAUGCAGGAUUUAGAGGUUUCCCUGCCCAGCAUGGAGGUUCAUGUCCAGGCUCCAGGAGUCAAAGUGGAUGGGGACCAGGCCGUGGUCGAUAAGGACAUGGCCAUCAAAGACAGCAAGUUCAAGAUGCCCAAGUUCAAGAUGCCCUCUUUUGGCCUUUCCACAACUGGGAAACCUAGCAUGGAAGCCACUAUGGAGGUGGCAGCUCCCAAGAUGGAAGCAGAGGUGUCCCUGCCCUCCAUGCAGGGUGAACUUAAGACUCCAGACAUCAGCAUCCAACUGCCUUCCUCUAACUUGGAGGUCAAAGCUAGUCAGGUAGAUGUACAGAUAGCUGACGUCCAAAUGCCUGAUGGAGAACAGAUCGCACAGGAUGCUGACGGAGUCAGCCUGAAGGGCCACCUGCCCAAGGUUCAGAUGCCCAGCUUCAAGAUGCCCAAGGAGGACGUGAAGGGCCCCACAGUGGUCGUGAAGGGCCCCACAGUGGACGUAAAGGGCCCCACAGUGGUCGCAAAGAGCCCCAAAGUGGACGUGAAAAGCCCCGAAGCUGAGAUUAGUGGUCCUGACAUGGAGGUUUCUCUGCCUGGCAUAAAGGUUGACAUUCAGUCCCAAAGUGCCAAGCUACAGAAGGAUCUGCCCCACGCUGAAAAGGAUGUGGCCACCAAAGACAGCAAGUUCAAGAUGCCCAGCUUCAAGAUGCCCAAGGUGGACCUUAAGGGACCCCAUGUUGACCUGACGGACCCGAAAGUGGACCAGAAGGGCCCAACAGUAGAUGCAAAGGGCCCCACGGUGGAUGUGAAAAGCCCCAAAAGCGAUAUGAACAUGCAGGAUUUAGAGGUUUCCCUGCCCAGCAUGGAGGUUCAUGUCCAGGCUCCAGGAGUCAAAGUGGAUGGGGACCAGGCCGUGGUCGAUAAGGACAUGGCCAUCAAAGACAUCAAGUUCAAGAUGCCCAAGUUCAAGAUGCCCUCUUUUGGCCUUUCCACAACUGGGAAACCUAGCAUGGAAGCCACUAUGGAGGUGGCAGCUCCCAAGAUGGAAGCAGAGGUGUCCCUGCCCUCUAUGCAGGGUGAACUUAAGACUCCAGACCUCAGCAAUCAACUGCCUUCCGCCAACCUGGACAUUAGGACAGGCCAGGGAGAUGUGAAGAUGACAGACGUCCAGCUGCCUGAGGGAGAACAGAUGGCAAAGGAUGCUGACGGAGCCAGCCUGAAGGGGCACCUGCCUAAGGUUCAGAAGCCCAGCUUCAUGAUACCCAAAGUUGACAUGAAGCCCCCCACUGUGGACGCGAAGGGCCCCACAGUGGACGUGAAAAGCCCCGAAGCUGAGAUUAGUGGGCCUGACAUGGAGGUUUCUCUGCCUGGCGUGAAGGUAGACAUCCAGGCCCAAGGUCCAAAGCUACAGGAGGAUCUUCCUUAUGCUGAAAUGGAUGACGCCACCAAAGUCAGCAAGUUCAAGAUGCCCAAGAUCAAGAUGCCCUCCUUUGGCGUGUCCACAACUGGCAAACCCAACAUGGAAGCCACUAUAGAUGUGGCAGCUCCGAAGAUGGAAGCAGAGGUGUCCCUGCCCUCCAUGCAGGGUGAACUUAAAACUCCAGACCUCAGCAUUCAACUGCCUUCCUCUAACAUGGACGUCAGGACAGGCCAGGGAGAUGUGAAGAUGGCAGAAGUCCAGCUGCCUGAGGGAGAGAAGACCACACAGGAUGCUGAUGGAGCCAGUCAGAAGGGCCACCUGGCCAAGGUUCAGAUGCCAAGCUUCAAGAUUCCCAAGGUGGACUUGAAGGGCCCCACAGUGGACGUGAAGGGCCCCAUAAUGGACUUGAAGGCCCCCACAGUGGAUGCAAAGGGCCCAAAAGUGGACGUGAAAAGCUCCAAGGCUGAGAUUAGUGGCCCUGAAAUGGAAGUUUCUCUGCCUGGCGUGAAGGUAGACAUCCAGGCCCAAAGUGCCAAGCUACAGAAGGAUCUGCCCCAUGCUGAAAAGGUUGUGGCCACCAAAGACAGCAAGUUCAAGAUGCCCAGCUUCAACAUGCCCAAGGUGGACCUUAAGGGACCCUAUGUUGACCUGACGGACCCGAAAGUGGACCAGAAGGGCCCAACAGUAGAUGCAAAGGGCCCAACCGUGGAUGUGAAAAGCCCCAAAAGCAAUGUGAACAUGCAGGAUUUAGAAGUGUCCCUACCCAGCAUGGAGGUUCAUGUCCAGGCUCCAGGUGUCAAAGUGGAUGGGGACCAGGCCGUGGUCGAUAAAGACAUGGCCAUCAAAGACAGCAAGUUCAAGAUGCCCAAGCUCAAGAUGCCCUCUUUUGGCCUUUCCACAACUGGGAAACCUAGCAUAGAAGCCACUAUGGAGGUGGCAGCUCCCAAGAUGGAAGCAGAGGUGUCCCUGCCCUCCAUGCAGGGUGAACUUAAGACUCCAGACAUCAGCAUUCAACUGCCUUCCUCUAACUUGGAGGUCAAAGCUAGUCAGGUAGAUGUGCAGAUAGCUGACGUCCAAAUGCCUGAAGGAGAACAGAUCACACAGGAUGCUGACGGAGCCAGCCUGAAGGGCCACCUGCCCAAGGUUCAGAUGCCCAGCUUCAAGAUGCCCAAGGUGGACGUGAAGGGCCCCACAGUGGUCGUGAAGGGCCCCACAGUGGACGUAAAGGGCCCCACAGUGGUCGCAAAGAGCCCCAAAGUGGACAUGAAAAGCCCCGAAGCUGAGAUUAGUGGUCCUGAUAUGGAGGUUUCUCUGCCUGGCAUGAAGGUUGACAUUCAGUCCCAAAGUGCCAAGCUACAGAAGGAUCUGCCCCACGCUGAGAAGGAUGUGGCCACCAAAGACAGCAAGUUCAAGAUGCCCAGCUUCAAGAUGCCCAAGGUGGACCUGAAGGGACCCCAUGUGGACCUGAAGGAACACAAUUUGGAGCAGAAGGGCCCCACAGUGGACGUAAAGGGCUCCACGGGGGAUGUGAAAAGCCCCAAAAGCGAUGUGAAGAUGCAGGAUUUAGAGGUUUCCCUGCCCAGCAUGGAGGUUCAUGUCCAGGCUCCAGGAGUCAAAGUGGAUGGGGACCAGGCCGUGGUUGAUAAGGACAUGGCCAUCAAAGACAUCAAGUUCAAGAUGCCCAAGUUCAAGAUGCCCUCUUUUGGCCUUUCCACAACUGAGAAACCUAGCAUGGAAGCCACUAUGGAGGUGGCAGCUCCCAAGAUGGAAGCAGAGGUGUCCCUGCCCUCCAUGCAGGGUGAACUUAAGACUCCAGAACUCAGCAAUCAACUGCCUUCCUCCAACCUGGAAAUUAGGACAGGCCAGGGAGAUGUGAAGAUGACAGACGUCCAGCUGCCUGAGGGAGAACAGAUGGCAAAGGAUGCUGACGGAGCCAGCCUGAAGGGGCACUUGCCUAAGGUUCAGAAGCCCAGCUUCAUGAUACCCAAAGUGGACAUGAAGGCCCCCACUGUGGACGCGAAGGGCCCCACAGUGGACGUGCAAAGCCCCGAAGCUGAGAUUAGUGGGCCUGACAUGGAGGUUUCUCUGCCUGGCGUGAAGGUAGACAUCCAGGCCCAAGGUCCAAAGCUACAGGAGGAUCUUCCUUAUGCUGAAAUGGAUGACGCCACCAAAGUCAGCAAGUUCAAGAUGCCCAAGAUCAAGAUGCCCUCCUUUUGCGUGUCCACAACUGGCAAACCCAGCAUGGAAGCCACUAUAGAUGUGGCAGCUCCCAAGAUGGAAUCAGAGGUGUCCCUGCCCUCCAUGCAGGGUGAACUUAAAACUCCAGACCUCAGCAUUCAACUGCCUUCCUCCAACAUGGACGUCAGGACAGGCCAGGGAGAUGUGAAGAUGGCAGACGUCCAGCUGCCUGAGGGAGAGAAGACCACACAGGAUGCUGAUGGAGCCAGUCAGAAGGGCCACCUGCCCAAGGUUCAGAUGCCAAGCUUCAAGAUUCCCAAGGUGGACUUGAAGGGCCCCACAGUGGACGUGAAGGGCCCCAUAGUGGACUUGAAGGCCCCCACAGUGGAUGCAAAGGGCCCCAAAGUGGACGUGAAAAGCUCCAAGGCUGAGAUUAGUGGCCCUAAAAUGGAGGUUUCUCUGCCUGGCGUGAAGGUAGACAUCCAGGCCCAAGGUGUAAAGCUACAGAAGGAUCUGCCCCAUGCUGAAAAGGAUGGGGCCACCAAAGACAGCAAGUUCAAGAUGCCCAGCUUCAAGAUGCCCAAGGUGGACCUGAAGGGACCCCAUGUGGACCUGAUGGACCCCAAAGUGGACCAGAAAGGCCCAAUAGUAGACGCAAAGGGCCCCACGAUGGAUGUGAAAAGCCGCAAAAGCGAUGUGAAGAUGCAGGAUUUAGAAGUGUCCCUAUCCAGCAUGGAGGUUCAUGUCCAGGCUCCAGGUGUCAAAGUGGAUGGGGACCAGCCUGUGGUCGAUAAAGACAUGGCCAUCAAAGACAGCAAGUUCAAGAUGCCCAAGUUCAAGAUGCCCUCUUUUGGCCUUUCCACAACUGGGAAAUCUAGCAUGGACGCCACUAUGGAGGUGGCAGCUCCCAAGAUGGAAGCAGAGGUGUCCCUGCCCUCUAUGCAAGGUGAACUUAAGACUCCAGACAUCAGCAUCCAACUGCCUUCCUCUAACUUGGAGGUCAAAGCUAGUCAGGUAGAUGUGCAGAUAGCUGACGUCCAAAUGCCUGAAGGAGAACAGAUCGCACAGGAUGCUGACGAAGCCAGUCUGAAGGGUCACCUGCCCAAGGUUCAGAUGCCCAGCUUCAAGAUGCCCAAGGUGGACAUGAAGGGCCCCACAGUGGUCGCAAUGGGCCCCACAGUGGACGUAAAGGGCCCCACAGUGGUCGCAAAGAGCCCCAAAGUGGACAUGAAAAGCCCCGAAGCUGAGAUUAGUGGUCCUGAUAUGGAGGUUUCUCUGCCUGGCAUGAAGGUUGACAUUCAGUCCCAAAGUGCCAAGCUACAGAAGGAUCUGCCCCACGCUGAGAAGGAUGUGGCCACCAAAGACAGCAAGUUCAAGAUGCCCAGCUUCAAGAUGCCCAAGGUGGACCUGAAGGGACCCCAUGUGGACCUGAAGGAACACAAAUUGGAGCAGAAGGGCCCCACAGUGGACGUAAAGGCCCCCACGGGGGAUGUGAAAAGCCCCAAAAGCGAUGUGAAGAUGCAGGAUUUAGAGGUUUCCCUGCCCAGCAUGGAGGUUCAUGUCCAGGCUCCAGGUGUCAAAGUGGAUGGGGACCAGGCCGUGGUCGAUAAGGACAUGGCCAUCAAAGACAUCAAGUUCAAGAUGCCCAAGUUCAAGAUGCCCUCUUUUGGCCUUUCCACAACUGGGAAACCUAGCAUGGAAGCCACUAUGGAGGUGGCAGCUCCCAAGAUGGAAGCAGAGGUGUCCCUGCCCUCCAUGCAGGGUGAACUUAAGACUCCAGACCUCAGCAUUCAACAGCCUUCCUCUAACUUGGACGUCAAAGCUGGCCAGGGAGAUGUGAAGAUGGCAGAUGUCCAGCUGCCUGAGAGAGAACAGAUGGCAAAGGAUGCUGACGGAGCCUGCCUGAAGGGGCACCUGCCUAAGGUUCAGAAGCCCAGCUUCACGAUACCCAAGGUGGACGUGACGGCCCUCACAGUGGACGCGAAGGGCCCCAGAGUGGACAUGAAAAGCCCCGAAGCUGAGAUUAGUGGGCCUGACAUGGAGGUUUCUCUGCCUGGCGUGAAGGUAGACAUCCAGGCCCAAGGUCCAAAGCUACAGGAGGAUCUUCCUUAUACUGAAAUGGAUGACGCCACCAAAGUCAGCAAGUUCAAGAUGCCCAAGAUCAAGAUGCCCUCCUUUGGCGUGUCCACAACUGGCAAACCCAGUAUGGAAGCCACUAUAGAUGUGGCAGCUCCCAAGAUGGAAGCAGAGGUGUCCCUGCCCUCCAUGCAGGGUGAACUUAAAACUCCAGACCUCAGCAUUCAACUGCCUUCCUCUAACAUGGACGUCGGGACAGGCCAGGGAGAUGUGAAGAUGGCAGACGUCCAGCUGCCUGAGGGAGAGAAGACCACACAGGAUGCUAAUGGAGCCAGUCAGAAGGGCCACCUGGCCAAGGUUCAGAUGCCAAGCUUCAAGAUGCCCAAGGUGGACUUGAAGGGCCCCACAGUGGAUGCAAUGGGCCCCAAAGUGGACGUGAAAAGCCCCAAGGCUGAGAUUAGUGGUCCUGAAAUGGAGGUUUCUCUGCCUGGCGUGAAGGUAGACCUCCAGGCCCAAGGUGUCAAGCUACAGAAGGAUCUGCCCCAUGCUGAAAAGGAUGUGGCCACCAAAGACAGCAAGUUCAAGAUGCCCAAGGUGGACCUGAAGGGACCCCAUGUGGACCUGACAGACCCCAAAGUGGACCAGAAAGGUCCAACAGUGGAUGCAAAGGGCCCCACGAUGGAUGUGAAAAGCCCCAAAAGCGAUGUGAAGAUGCAGGAUUUAGAAGUGUCCCUAUCCAGCAUGGAGGUUCAUGUCCAGGUUCCAGGUGUCAAAGUGGAUGGGGACCAGGCUGUGAUCGAUAACGACAGCAAGUUCAAGAUGCCCAAGUUCAAGAUGCCCUCUUUUGGCCUUUCUACAACUGGGAAACCUAGCAUGGAAGCCACUAUGGAGGUGGCAGCUCCCAAGAUGGAAGCAGAGGUGUCCCUGCCCUCCAUGCAGGGUGAACUUAAGACUCCAGACAUCAGCAUCCAACUGCCUUCCUCUAACUUGGAGGUCAAAGCUAGUCAGGUAGAUGUGCAGAUAGCUGACGUCCAAAUGCCUGAAGGAGAACAGAUCACACAGGAUGCUGACGGAGUCAGCCUGAAGGGCCACCUGCCCAAGGUUCAGAUGCCCAGCUUCAAGAUGCCCAAAGUGGACGUGAAGGGCCCCACAGUGGUCGUGAAGGGCCCCACAGUGGACGUAAAGGGCCCCACAGUGGUCGCAAAGAGCCCCAAAGUGGACAUGAAAAGCCCCGAAGCUGAGAUUAGUGGUCCUGACAUGGAGGUUUCUCUGCCUGGCAUGAAGGUUGACAUUCAGUCCCAAAGUGCCAAGCUACAGAAGGAUCUGCCCCACGCUGAAAAGGAUGUGGCCACCAAAGACAGCAAGUUCAAGAUGCCCAGCUUCAAGAUGCCCAAGGUGGACCUGAAGGGACCCCAUGUGGACCUGAAGGAACACAAUUUGGAGCAGAAGGGCCCCACAGUGGACGUAAAGGGCCCCUCGGUGGAUGUGAAAAGCCUCAAAAGCGAUGUGAAGAUGCGGGAUUUAGAGGUUUCCCUGCCCAGCAUGGAGGUUCAUGUCCAGGCUCCAGGUGUCAAAGUGGAUGGGGACCAGACCGUGGUCGAUAAGGACAUGGCCAUCAAAGACAGCAAGUUCAAGAUGCCCAAGUUCAAGAUGCCCUCCUUUGGCCUUUCCACAACUGGCAAACCCAGCAUGGAAGCCACUAUGGAGGUGGCAGCUCCCAAGAUGGAAGCAGAGGUGUCCCUACCCUCCGUGCAGGGUGAACUUAAAACUUCAGACAUCAGCAUCCAACUGCCUUCCUCUAACCUGGACGUCAAAGCUGGCCAGGUAGAUGUGAAGAUGUCAGAUGUCCAGCUGCCUGAGGGAGAACAGAUGGCAAAGGAUGCUGACGGAGUCAGUCUGAAGCGCCACCUGCCCAAGGUUCAGAAGCCCAGCUUCAAGAUUUCCAAGGUGGACGUGAAGGGCCCCACAGUGGUCGCAAUGGGCCCCAAAGUGGACAUGAAAAGCCCCGAAGCUGAGAUUAGUGGUCUUGAUAUGGAGGUUUCUCUGCCUGGCAUGAAGGUUGACAUUCAGUCCCAAAGUGCCAAGCUACAGAAGGAUCUGCCCCACUCUGAAAAGGAUGUGGCCACCAAAGACAGCAAGUUCAAGAUGCCCAGCUUCAAGAUGCCCAAGGUGGACCUGAAGGGACCCCAUGUGGACCUGAAGGAACACAAAUUGGAGCAGAAGGGCCCCACAGUGGACGUAAAGGGCCCCACGGUGGAUGUGAAAAGCCCCAAAAGCGAUGUGAAGAUGCAGGAUUUAGAGGUGUCUCUGCCCAACAUGGAGGUUCAUGUCCAGGCUCCAGGAGUCAAAGUGGAUGGGGACCAGGCCGUGGUCGAUAAGGACAUGGCCAUCAAAGACAGCAAGUUCAAGAUGCCCAAGUUUAAGACCCCCUCUUUUGGCCUUUCCACAACUGGCAAACCCAGCAUGGAAGCCACUAUGGAGGUGGCAGCUCCCAAGAUGGAAGCAGAGGUGUUCCUGCCCUCCGUGCAGGGUGAACUUAAGACUCCCGACCUCAGCAUUCAUCUGCCUUCCUCUAACCUUGACGUCAUGGAUCGCCAGGUAGAUGUGAAGAAUGUAGAUUCCCAACUGGCCGAUGGAAAUCAGGCUACACAGGAAUCACCUGUAGCCUGCCUGAAGGGCCACCUUCCCAAGGUGGAGAUACCAAGCUUCAAGACAAGGAAGGUGGACCCUAAGGUCCCUUCAGAUUGUGUUAAAAUCCCCAGUGAUGUGGUGCGUGGACCCGACGUGGAGCUGUUCCUGUCUGAUGUGCAGGCUGACCUCCAGGCUCAGCCUUCCUCUGUUGUUGUUAGUAUGGUCGCAGAGCCGCCUGUUUCCCAUGUUUCGGGUGAAUCCUCAAUUGAGUCUGCAAAUACUCCUCCACUUGCUGGAUCUGAUCGGGAAGGAGGGGGAAGUUCUUUCAAAUUGCCACACAUCAAGCUCCAUCCAUUUACUUUGUCUCCAAAAAAGCAAGCAGAGUCUGCAGGUGAUUCUGAGUCCCCACAGGUGGAUCCCAUCCAUAGUCCUGAUUUUUCUGUAGUUGAAAUGGACCCUCACAUUGGGACUUGUGAAUCGCACCAGCAUGUAUCUAUCGAGAAGGAAGCAGAGAAGGGAAGAAUCCGGAAGCUGAGCUUUUCCAUGCCACGACUUGCACUGCCCAAGAUAAAGGGUUCUAGGGGGCGAGCUGGCCUGCUGGAGGGGGAAGUGAAGCCGUCUACCGGUACCACCACUGGAGGUAACUUGGUAGUCGUACAAACCACUGUCAGUGAUACCCAUGUUGGGGGCACUAGAUCAAAAGAUGUCGCUACAGAGCCCUGCAUCAGAUCCCCCUCCAUGCCUGCAGAAGUGACUGGGCGUAAAACUGAUCUUGAGCCUCUCGAAGAUGCCUUGGAUAUCAGAGGUGACAGCCAGAGUCAUAUGUGUGUGGGUGUGUCUGCAAGUCAGCCCUUUGGAGAACAGACAGCACCUGUGACAGGAGACCUGCAGCCAUCCUGUAAACAAAGACAUAGCGCCGCCACCAUGGAAAGCCCUGAGAUGGAUCCCAUAGCAAAAGAGACAACAAAGUACUCACAUGAGCGCCGCUUCAAAAUGCCCAAGUUCCGAGUUCCUGGUUUCAGGCGCUCCUCAUCCAAGGAGCGAGAUGGGGCUGGAGAACAGGAAGCUACUCAGACUCCAGACGCUGGCAUAGCCUUAGAGGCAGAAGUAGCAGCUGCCAAUGUACCUGAGUCAAAAUUAGAGGCACAUGUCUCCCUGGGAUCCCCAGAGGAAGGGAUCAGUGUGGAAACCCCCCAAAGCCCUACGUAUGCAGAUGUUGUAAAACGUGAUCUCCAUGGAAUAGGUGUUAGGCUGCAUGGCUCCACUGUGGGGAUGUUCCAGACACAUCUGUCCACCCAUGAAUUAGGGACCCAUCCAGCUAAAGACUCUUCUAGUGUGAGCGUCUUGGAACUCCAGCUUCCUCCAGAAGGAACAGGCAAGCAACAGCAUCCUGGGUCAGGAGGAAACAUUCUUUCUGAGGUGGCAGCUGGAGCAGGAAGCUGGCCUUCUCAGCCCCAAGGACCUCUGAGGUUGAAGGCAUCCAUCACUGAUAUGCCAUCCCAGGUCUCCAUGGUGAGCACAAGUCAGCUCUGGGAGGAUUCUGUGUUGACUGUCACAUUCCCCAAAUUAAAGGUACCCAAGUUCUCCUUCCAUGCCUCCAGCUCUGAGGCUGAUGUAUUCUUCCCUGUAGUGAGGGAGGUGCAAUGUGCAAAGGCCAGCAUUGACAGUGCCAUGCAUAAAGAUGGUCCUGGGCUCUGGGAAGUCAGCAUUCUAAAGACAGGAGCCGAGGAUCCUAGAGGACCACCAGUAAGCCUUGAGCAAUCCGUGGAACCAUCCCCUAUUUCUAAGGUCAGAGUGCACAUUCAGGGCUCUCAAGGUGAGAGUCAAGAAGUCGCUUUUUGCAGCAGGAUGGAACGAGAGGGUUUUGACUCCUCAGCAUGCGAAGCCUUUUCUACUCAGAUUGUGCGGGAAUCAGAGAUUCCUGUGUCUACAAUUCAAACUCCUUCUUACGGGUUUUCUUUGCUGAAAGUGAAAAUCCCAGAGCCCCCUGUGCAGGCUAGUGUGCAAACAGGGGCUCCCGACUUCCAGGCACAGGAGGACUCGGUGGGUGGAGCUCCCCGAGCUGCUGCAGGGAGACACUUCAUUCCUGCUGAUUUCCCACCUGAUGCUGGCGAGCCCUUUGAAAUGAUCUCCUGCAGUGCUGGCGUGCCUCCUGGACCCCAGCUUACAGACAGCACCUCUGAUGAGGAGCCAGCAGAGAUUCUCGAAUUUCCUGAGGACAGCCAGGAGGUAAAGACCCCUGAGAUGGCUACAAAACAGAAGCCAGAAGGUAAGAAGGCCAGCCUGUUGUGGUCCUGGCUACCAAGCAUUGGGUUCUCCUCUGUGGAAGAGAUGGCUGCUGAUUCCGGAGAUGCCGCCCAGAGACCUGCCCCUGUCCACGUGCAGCCUGCUGCUCGACUGGACCCUGAACUGCCCAGGAAACAGGAGAAGGCGGGCUGGUUCCGCUUCCCUAAGCUCGGAUUCUCCUCUUCACCUACGAAGAAGAGCAGAAGCGCCGAAGGUGGGGACGGUCAGGUGGAGCAGAAGCCCCAGGAAGAAACCCUCACCUUUUUUGAUGCCCGAGAAAGCUUCUCUCCUGAGGAGGAGGAAGCUGAGCCGGAGGUGACCAGUGCCAGGCCUGGUCCCAAAGCAAUGGUGGUAUCCUCUGCCAGAACAGAACUAGUACUGUUGGAACAGGCUAGAGAUACCGGUGACAAAUCUACACCUAGGCCUGUGGCCAAAUGAGGGCCGGAGGUCAGAGUCGGUGGAAGAGAUCAACAAGGCAAGCUGAGCAUCGGGCCUGGGCGCUGUGAAAGCAGCCUACAGCCUACCCUAGAAUGCACCUUUACACCUUGGUCUGCAGACUUGAAACCAAAGCACAGAUGAAUAGCGCGUCUGUGUCACAUAACACAGCCAUCCACACGGAAACAAAAAUAAUGCUAGUUUCUUCCAAGCUUUGGAAGCAACGAAGGCUGCAAAAUUGUCUAGCUCUGCGCGUUACUGCUGGAGAACUCUGUUGGCUUUUGUGGGGUAAGUCCCAAGAAUCUACCCUAUGCCAGGAGAGCAACAUUGCCCCUGGAGUUCCCAUAUCUGUGGGCAGAAGCAGCUUUUGGUGUAAUCUCUGCCCCAUCGUUGCCGUUUCCUGGUGAGUUCUCUUUUCCUGUCAGGCAGAAUAUGGGGUGCCCCGGGAACUUCCUCCUUUUGCUGUUUUCGCUUUGAGACGUUGACUGUGAUGAGGAGUAUGUGUGGCAGAAAGGUCUGGCCGGUGGCGGACUGCGCUCAGUGAUAGGGCACAGACACGAGGUUGCCACCAAAUCUUGGUUGUGUUUAUUUGUCUACCUGCCUGCCGGUGUUAACUAAUUCCCCAGUGUGUACGAGUCCUUUGCUCGGGCUCCUGAGCACCUCAUGGUACUGAUUGUAGACCGUACAGACCGUCCCCUUCAGUCCCCUCCUACUGGGCAAUAAAGGAAA